AGACAAUUCAUGUGAAAUUUCCAGGGUGUUGAAUUCUUUAGUAUAGUUAGUUUUGACAUAAAGGGGGGAAUCCAAUGAUUCAUUUUUAAAGGUAAAAGAGAGAAAACAACAGAUUUUCAAGCAUCAGGUUCUAAAAUGGAACAAAAGACCUUUGAAAUAGGCAGCCAUGAAACUGAUGGUGACAUUCAGCUAAAGAAAAAGAUAGCCAAGAAAUGGUGUGUUGAAGCAAAGAAGGUGUGGCAAAUAGCAGGACCAGCUAUUUUAAAUGCAGUCUCUUUGUUCUCCCUUGAGUUUGUCACAGCUGCCUUUGCUGGAAGAUUGGGAGAUUUAGAGCUUGCUGCAGUCUCAGAAGUUCAUAAUGUUAUAGCAGGCUUUGUCUAUGGUGUCAUGUUAGGGAUGGCAAGUGCUCUGGCAACACUUUGUGGUCAAGCAGUCGGAGCAGGACAGUUCAACAUGCUUGGAGUUUACUUGCAGAGGUCAUGGAUCAUUACUGGAUUUACGUCUUUGUUGCUCACGCCAAUGUUCGUCUUCACCUCGCCAAUACUAAAGCUCCUACAUCAAGAUAAAGACAUAUCUCAUCUUGCAGGAAAAUAUGCAAUUUGGAUCAUUCCUCAAAUGUUUGCAUAUGCACUCAACUUUCCUAUGCAAAAGUUUCUGCAAUCUCAGAGUAAAGUUUGGUUCAUGGCCAUCACUUCAAUGGGAGGUUUGGCAGUACAUGUAUUGCUAAAUUGGAUUCUUGUAGUAAAGGCAGGGUGGGGCCUUUUUGGUGCUGCAAUUGCUGGAAAUGUUUCUUGGUGGCUUUUGGACAUUGCUCAGUUUAUUUACAUAAUCUCGGGCUAUUUUCCCGAGGCAUGGACUGGUUUUUCGUGUCUCGCUUUCAAGUCAUUGACUAACUUCUUGAAGCUAUCACUUGCCUCUGCAAUAAUGGUGUGUUUAGAGUUUUGGUACUUCACAGCAGUGAUUCUGAUGGUAGGAGGCUUUAAAAAUGCUACAACUUCUGUUGACGCCAUAUCGAUCUGCAUCGGCUUGCAACUAUGGACACUGACUGUCGCCUAUGGUUUCACAUCUUCAACCAGUGUGAGAGUUUCUAAUGAAUUAGGAGCUGGAAAUCCAAAAGCUGCAAAAUUCUCAAUUUCAGUCAAUGUUUUGAUAUCAGCAGUAAUUGGCCUUGUAUUCUCAGCUACAAUAUUAGCUACCAAAAAAGAGUUUCCAAGAUUAUUCACAAAUGAGCAGCAUGUGAUAAGGGAGACAUCAAAACUAGGCUACAUUUCUUGCAGCUAUCAUGUUUCUUAAUGGCAUCCAACCUGUUCUACUCGGAGUGGCAGUUGGUGCAGGAUGGCAGCUUCAAGUAGCCUUAAUUAGCAUUGGAUGUUAUUAUGGUUUUGGAUUACCAAUGGGUGCAUUGCUUGGUUACAAGUUCAAAUUUGGAGUUGAAGGCAUACUUUCAGCUAUGCUUGCUGGAAGCUUGCUUCAGACCCUCUCCCAGUUUGUUAUCAUUGCUCGAACUAGUUGGCACAAACAGGUAAUUAUGACUUCCUUUUUCAUAACGGUGGUAUCUGAAUCAAAAUUUGUGUGCACUUCGACUAUUCCACCAGAUAACUCCAUCAGUUAUGAUAUUAAUGUAUCAGUAAGAGGAGCCUUGGAGCAACGGUAAAGUUGUCCGUGUGUGACCUAUAGGUCACAUGUUCGAGCCGUGGAAUCAGCUAAUGAUGCUUGCAUCAGGAUAGGUUGCCUACGUCAUACCCCUUGGUGUGCGGCCCUUCCCGCACCUUGCGUGAACAUAGAAUGCUUCGUACAUCGGGCUCCCUUUUAAUGCGGUAGAUACGGGCACACUAACUAAGAAAUGAAAUUAUAUAUUGCAGGCUCUUCAAGCAGAGGAGAGAGUGAGAACAUGGGGUGGUGAAGUGGAGAAUCAAUCAAGUCCUAAUAUAGGCAAGUCCCUUUCAAUCGAUUCCUAAUUCAAUUCAAUAAAGGAAACAAACAAGCGAAACUCGAUCCUAUUUUAACACAAGGGUCAGUGUACAUUAUUGAAGGUGGCAUCUCUGGGCAAGCUCACUCCAAUUGUUGCCUUCUUCUCCUAUUAUAAAUCUUUCUACAUUGUAAUUUAUAUACAUAUUGAUCAGUCUGUUUAUGGACUUUUGAGAGGUUAAUAUAAGGAAGGGAAUCAGCUGAAGUUUGAUUCUGCAUGUUUGCUUCU